GAACAAAUGAAUAGCGAGAGCGAGAGUAGCAACAAAAAUAUAACUCAUUGAUGACAACGCGUUUCUCGGUCAGAAAAUCCAGUAAUUUUUGCUUAAUUUCAUCGGGAAUAUUUGAUAUCGCUGAAUAAACAUGAGCUCGAUUGGAACAGGAUAUGACCUGUCCGCUUCACAAUUCUCCCCAGAUGGACGAGUUUUCCAAGUAGAAUAUGCACAGAAAGCAGUGGAGAACAGCGGCACUGCUAUUGGUCUCCGAGGGAAGGAUGGUGUGGUGUUUGCUGUGGAAAAAUUAGUCCAAUCCAAAUUGUAUGAGUUUGGAGCCAACAAACGCAUUUUCACUGUUGAUUCUCAUGUUGGAAUGGCCGUCGCUGGUUUGCUCGCUGACGCCAAGCAGAUUGUCGAGACUUCAAGGUCCGAGUGCGCUGAUUACAGAAGUCAGUACGGCAGCAACAUCCCACUGAAGUAUCUGAAUGACCGUGUGUCCAUGUUCAUGCACGCCUACACCCUAUACAGCGCUGUGAGGCCUUUUGGCUGCAGCGCCAUCAUGGGCUCUUAUGACCCCAUCGAGGGACCAGCAAUGUUUGUUGUUGACUCAUCAGGAGUGUCGCAUGGAUACUAUGGCUGUGCGAUUGGAAAAGCUAAACAGUCAGCCAAGACUGAGAUGGAGAAGCUAAAUCUUGCGAACAUGAGCUGCAGGGAACUCGUGAAAGAAGCUGCGAGAAUUAUUUAUCUUGUCCACGAUGAGCUGAAGGACAAAGCUUUUGAACUGGAACUUAGCUGGGUUGGAGAGGCCACUGGAGGCAGACAUGAGAGAGUACCAAAGGAAAUCUUCCAGGAAGCUGAGAAGUUCGCUAACUCUGCUCUUGAAGAUGAUUCCGAGUCGGAUUCUGAGGAUGCUUAAUUUGUUAAUUUCUUAAUACGUUCAAAAUCGUUUGAUAAAUUUCAUUAUAAUAAAAAUUAAGAUGACUUAAGAUACAA